UUUUACCCUGGUCACUCUUCCAUCUCCACAUACUCCUCCUUCUCCCGCCUCUCUCUCUACUCCAUUCCCAAAGAAACACAGAAAGCAGAGAAAUGGCGCAAGAUCAGCUCGUCCUCCGCGGCACCAUGAGGGCCCACACCGACUGGGUCACCGCCAUCGCCACCCCGAUCGACAACUCCGACAUGAUUGUCACCUCCUCUCGUGACAAAUCCAUCAUCCUCUGGUCCCUCACUAAGGAAGACAAGACCUACGGCGUCCCCCGCCGCCGCCUCACCGGCCACUCUCACUUCGUCCAGGACGUCGUCCUCUCCUCCGACGGCCAAUUCGCCCUCUCCGGCUCCUGGGACGGCGAGCUCCGCCUCUGGGAUCUCCAGGCCGGAACCACCGCUCGCCGCUUCGUCGGCCACACCAAGGACGUCCUCUCCGUCGCCUUCUCGAUUGACAACCGUCAGAUUGUUUCCGCGUCUCGCGACAAGACCAUCAAGCUCUGGAACACCCUGGGUGAGUGCAAGUACACCAUUCAGGAUCAGGAUGCUCACACCGAUUGGGUUUCGUGCGUUCGUUUCAGCCCUAACACCCUCCAGCCCACGAUUGUUUCCGGGUCGUGGGAUCGGACUGUGAAGAUUUGGAAUUUGAGCAAUUGCAAGAACAGGGCUACCCUUGCUGGUCACAGUGGCUAUGUCAACACCGUUGCUGUGUCUCCUGAUGGCUCUUUGUGCGCUAGUGGUGGUAAAGAUGGUGUCAUCUUGUUGUGGGAUUUGGCUGAAGGAAAGAAGCUUUACUCUUUGGAUGCUGGUUCUAUCAUCCAUGCUUUGUGUUUCAGUCCUAACAGGUACUGGCUGUGUGCUGCUACUGAGACUAGUAUUAAGAUUUGGGAUUUGGAGAGUAAGAGCAUUGUUGUGGACUUGAGAGUUGACUUGAAGCAAGAGAGCGAAAUGGCCGCUGAAGGUACCACUGGCCAGACCGCUGCUGCCAAGAACAAGGUUAUCUACUGCACCAGUCUCAACUGGAGUGCAGAUGGAAGCACACUCUUUAGUGGUUACACAGACGGAGUUAUCAGAGUUUGGGGGGUGCGCUACUAGGAAAUGAUCCAAUCAACGAAGUGUUUUUUUGUGAUAGUAUCCCUAGCCAAUUAGAUUUUAAGUUAAAAUGUUUGAAGGGAUAUCGACUUUUAUAUUUGCUGUCAGCGUUUUGAGAUCUUAUUCUGUUUCAAUUUUGGAUUUUAACUCUAGCUGGUACAUUAUACAUUUGGCUCUAUGUUACUAUUACAUGUCAAUUGGCUUUGGUCUGGAAGGCGUUUGUUUUUUAGGUUGUGUAUACAAUCAUGUUUAUUAGGUUUGUCUGCGAAUUGAGAUUUAUGAAUCGAAUAUUUGCAUGAUCCAGGUGCCAUGUUUUGUGCUUUUGAGGUUGGCCUCAAUUCAUGAAAAAGAAAGGCUAUAUUGGAGCCUGCCUGAUGUCUUUUGAAAACUAAGCUAGAGUUAUGAGUUAUGCCUAUUACAUUUGACUCGAUGAAGGUCUCGUAUGUAUUUGUGAAGCUUCAAACCUCUAAGUUGUUCCUCAUUUAUAAAUAAGAGCUAUCAAUCCUUCGUUGCUCAUAAAUAAGAGUUAGUAUUAUAUAAACUUGGUGAGUGUUGGCAAAUACAGAGCCAUGUACUAUUAGUUGCAAUUGCAUGUCAAAGGGACCUUAGUGGAAUGAGGAUUGAACGAAUAUUAUACGCAACCCGUUGCGCCUCUCCAAAGGGACCUUAAUGAGAAUUGAUUGUGGCUGAGUUUAGGGAAGGUCAGUCAUCGGUGAGUGCUCCGCCAUCAAGCCAGCUGAGCGGCAACAAUUGGUUAUAAAACUACGGCAACCCUACUGUGAAUUGAAACAAGUUACAACUUGCCAGUUUCUGGAAGUCAUUGAGAAUUGAGAGGCUAAAAUAUUUAUUUCCAAAAAGUUGAGGGACCAUUCAAUUCAAGGGAUCUCCUGGCAAAUACUAAUAAAAAUAUGAUUCCUUUGAAUUAUUUUGACUUGAUAUAUAUUUUUAU